AUGAGCAGUCAAAACUAUGAAGCCAUUAGCAGCACUAAUGUGUUUAGUCCUGCAACAGUUAUGGUCGGCUCAACACUAGUUGUAUAUUUUGGUGGAUGGUAUGAACCAUAUAGUCUGCAUGAUCAUAUCUAUCGAGCUGAAUGUCACAAUUACCCGAUCCAAAAAUGUGAUCCAGCGGCAAUAUUAAUAGAUCCUCUUCUAUACGGUCUUGAUCACUUGAAUGAUCCUACUGUUAUCUACUGUGCUGAGACUAAGGAAUGGCUUAUUUACAUGACUGGUAUUAAACCAAAUGGACAAACAUCAGACAAUCAAAUUUGGAUUGCUAUUUCGACAGAUCUAAUCCAUUGGUCUCAGCCAACAUUAAUCAUACUUGAUAUAUGGCAACCAUCAGCUACAGUCGCUCCUGAUGGUAACAUUAUGGUUUAUGGUAAUCUUAAUUAUCCCGAUCCAAACAAUAAUCAACAGUUUACUAUUAUUCGUUACAAUAUGGGUACAAAUGGUCGAUCAGUUGGUGCACGUACCAUAAUCAAUGCUCCUGUAGCUUAUUUCAAUCCCGAUGUUAAAUAUCGACCGGAAAAACAACAAUACGUAAUGGCUGGUGAAAAUGGUGGUAAUCGACAGGAGGUUAAUAGUGGUAUAGAUGUUUUGAUAAGUACAGAUGGUAUCACAUUUUUAUUAGCUGCACAAAAUAUUGUCAAACCACGUCCAGGUCAAUAUCAUGUUCGUACGCCUGGUCUACAUCCAACGGAUGAUUUUAUUGUGUAUUAUGCUGAAACAAUCGAUCCUAAUAGUAUGAAAAAUCAAAUUCGAGUUGUUCAAUGGUCACCAUAA